GGAGUGUUCCAGUUUCUGGAAAGGGCGGGGUUGAAGAUUAGCUUUCUGCAUAGUCAUUGCUUAGAGACAGGACUCUUUUUGUACUUGUGGUCAGGUGGUUGUUAUAUCCGCCGUUGUAUGAGAUUUCUCUUUCAGAGAGUCUGUCGUCAGUCAUUCUGUAACAUGGCUCAGAGCGUCAAGUCGUUUUACGACCUCAGCGCCGUCACUCUGGACGGGGAGAAGCUGGAUUUCAAUGUCUUCAGGGGCAGGGUAGUCCUGAUCGAGAACGUGGCCUCUCUCUGAGGCACGACCACAAGGGAUUUCACCCAACUCAACGAGCUUCAGAACCGGUACCCGAACCGUUUCGUUGUACUGGGCUUCCCUUGUAACCAAUUCGGGCAUCAGGAAAACUGUCAUAAUGAGGAGAUACUCAAUUCUCUGAAGUAUGUCCGUCCUGGUGGUGGUUUUGAGCCCAAUUUCACCAUGCUCCAGAAGGUUGAGGUCAAUGGUGCUGGCACACACCCUGUCUUUGCAUUUCUGAAGGAGAAGUUGCCCCUUCCUUCGGAUGAUGCUACGUCCUUGAUGAAAGAUCCCCAAUUCAUCACCUGGAGCCCAGUCUGCCGAUCAGAUGUCUCUUGGAAUUUUGAAAAAUUUCUCAUUGGCCCUGAAGGAGAGCCUUUCAAACGCUACAGCAAAAUGUUCCAAACCAUCCAGUUGGAACCUGACAUCAAAAGGCUUUUGAAAAUUGCCAAGUAAAGAAUCCAAGUUUAGUGGAAAAAGCAAGGAGGCAGGGUUCUAUUUCCUUACACAUUACCUUCACUAAUGGGAAAACUGCAAUAACCUCUUGGUUGACUCCUAUCAAUUUGGACUCUAAAUACAGAAUUUUUCUACAAUCCACAAAAUUUUAAAAGAUGUUCUAAGAUCUUUAGCCCAAUCAUUUGAGCUCCUUGCAUAGCUUCCUGUUGUCUUGUCUGCCUUUGAAAUUAGUCCAUUGUCGUCUCAUUUUCAUCUUUGUAUAUCUCAGCUUGCUACUUGAGCUUAUUUUUUUUUCCAAAAAGUAUCAUUCUAGUUGAAUGUUGUUUUUCCAACAUUUGGCAUUUGAUGUUUUUUUUUAAAUCCAUUAGUACAAAUAUUUUUCAAAAUGUUUAGUCUUUUUUUUUCUUCCAACAUGUUGUCAAUCUCACUGUCUAGGCAGCUGGAAAAUCAAUCUGAUUAGUAUUUGCCCUAAAGUGAAGAUAAUUUGAGAUUUAGUUUUGAGUUGAUGGGAUCUCCUGAAUGUAUUCUAUGUUUACUGAAAAUCUCACCUAUAAAAGCAAACAAGGCAGUUUUAGUGGAUUGAGUAACAACAGUAAUGUAAAACGUGACACCACUUUAAUAUCCCAGUGCUUCCAAUGAGUCAAUCAUCUGUUACACUUCAAAAUUGUUCUGCAUUAAGUUCCAAGAAGUGCCGAGGAUUUGCUUUUGUCUGAAUUUGUGGAUCUUAGAAAUAGGUCUUCUUCCUUUAGAAGUUUUUUUUAAAAACAGUCCUUCUGUUCUUCAGAACUUUAUUAAAUGAAGGCAUCCUCCUAAAUUCAAUAAGGAAGCUGCCAGAAAAACCAGGAAAGUUGCUGAAUUUUCAGAAUGUUUACUGUUUGGAAAUUUCUUGGGAGUGUAGAUUUUGUGAACGAGAAAUGAACAAUAAAAGAAUGUUCUGUUGAAAAUAAAA